CUGUGGACCUCACUGCUCAUGGUUCACUGCCUUUUCUUACUCUCAUGCUUAUUCUGCACUUACAGGAGGAAAACCCCCGGAGAUUUGGCCCAUCAAGCCAGAAAAGAAGGCUUUAGUGAAACCGAGAUCCAAGGGGCAGAGCAGAUGAAAGCGUGGAAGGAGAGGCUUGAGAAAAAGUAUUAUUCUACAGAAAUUCAAGAUGACUACCAGCCUGUCACUCAGCAAGAAUUCCGAGAACUCUUUUUGUAUGCUGUGGAGCUGGAGAAGGAACUGCACUAUAUCAGCUCGAAACUAAACCAAGUGAUGAGGAAGCUACAACAGUAAUCCUGGAGGUGAGACUCCAUGAGACCAGUGCCCUGGCACAGACUGUAAUGCUGUAAUCGUGGAGGUGAGACUCCAUGAGAC